CCAACCCCAGAUGUGUCAGACUGGUAUAUUAAAUCUCCCAACCAAUAAAGCUCUCGCCUUGGCCACGACAACGUAAAAUUGCACCGAAACUCCGGUGCCCUUCUCGUCACCUUGUCGGCUUAUUCAGAGUUUAUAUAGAGCCUAACUUGUUUCUUUUUCGUAUUAUCCCUCGCUACCUCAUCUCCCUUCACCAUGGCCAAGCUAGUCUCCUAUAUAUUAAUUCCUCUUGCCACUGUCUUUGUCUUCUCCUCCUCCUCCCUAGCCGCUGUUGAAACCAACGGUUUCUCUAGAAACCUCUCUCCGGCAUCCAUGGAUCUCCAAGAGGAGAAGCUGAGCCACCUUCACUUCUACUUUCACGACAUACUCAGUGGCCCAAAACCCACCGCCAUGAGAGUGGCAGAGGCCCCGACGACCAAAACCUCCCGGACCGACUUCGGAGCGGUUGUGAUGGCCGACGAUCCAUUGACCGUAGGGCCCGAGCCCGAUUCCAGACUCGUGGGGAAAGCCCAAGGCAUUUACGCCUUGGCAUCGCAAGAUGACGCGGGGUUGUUAAUGGUCAUGAACUUUGCAUUCGCGGAAGGGCAAUAUAACGGCAGCACACUGAGCGUCUUGGGGCGUAACAAGGUGUUUGACGACAUGAGGGAGAUGCCGAUCGUCGGAGGGAGCGGUGUUUUCCGAUUCGCACGUGGGUAUGCUCAGGCCAAGACUCAUACGUUUGAUCUCAAAACAGGGGAUGCUGUCGUCGAAUACAACGUCUACGUAUUCCAUCACUGAUCAAACCCCUAAACUAUGUUAAUUUGGUUGUGUUUGUGUGCGUUACAGUGUCUCUGCUUACAAAAGCGUCCCGUUAUGGCUUUGCUUUCUUGAUCCAUUUAAAACGGUUGUAGGUUCUUGUGCUGGUAGAAAUGGGUCAAAGUUACCUUCUAACUUAUAAUGCUAUAUAUGUCACCUUUUGCCUGCGAUA